AUGAAGGAAAAAUACCGACCGGGAAUUUACGUGGGCGUUGAGACUGGAAUGCUCAAGACCGUCGAACUUGGCCGAAGAACAGCAACAAACCACUUUGGCCCAAAUGAAUUGCAAGCUGACCAAUGUGUUCAAGAAAUCGCCUUUGCUAGAGAAAGAAAAGUUCUUGUCGCGAUGAAAAAUGGCGAAGCGAAGCUUUUCGAUACCGAAAAAUCCGAAUUCGACUACCCAAAAAAGCUGCUGGAUGACGAACAAGAAUGGGCAGGAUUGGGGCUUUUGGAAGACGCAAUUAUUGGAGCCACGGGCAAUGCGGUCGUGAAGGUUUGGGAGAAAAAGGAAUUUGAGGAGAGCAGUGAAGAGAAAAUUGCGCCGAAAGCGGAACAGACGAUCAAGUCGGCGGGGAAAGUUAGAGCUGGAAAAGUGAGAAGAAAGACAAUGGUCAUCGGUGGGGAAAGCACGCAAUUGCAGAUGGUGGAUUUGGAGAAUUUAGACAAGGGCGUCGUUUGGUCAGCAAAAAAUGUCCGUCCCGACAAACUGCAGCUGCACAUUCCGAUCAAUUUUCCAGCAAUCGCCCUUCCCGAAAAGACCGAAACAAUCGCAUGCACUUCCUACGGCUCGUUGACGAACCAAGCUCACGAACUGCGAAUUUACGAUCCUCGACAAGUCCAGCGUCGACCUAUCAAACGAAUCGAAUGGGGAACGUAUCCGAUCACUUCUUUGCUUUCCAUGGACGAAGAGGGGCAAAAAUAUGUGGUUGGAACGGCGCGAGGGAAAAUUGCACUUUUCGAUAUUAGAUUUGACAAGAAGUUUUUGUCUUUCAAGGGCGCUGCAGGAAGCAUACGAAGCAUGGCCCAGCAUCCAGACAAAGAAAAUAUAUUUUGUGCAGUUGGAUUGGACAGAUUUCUACAUAUUUAUGAUGCAAAAAUUAAGAAGAAAAUUCACAAGGUUUAUCUGAAAUCUCCAUUAAAUCGAGUGCUGAUCGAAAAAGGCGCAAAGAUCGAAAAAGACACGGAAGAAGAAAAAGAGGAAGAAGAAGAGCGUGAAGCUGAGAAAGUCGCCCUCGCUGGUCGAGAGAACUGCUACAAAUAUUUAGGUGUCAGUAAAUCGGAAACCACCAAAAAGAUCAAGUCUGCUUACAGAAAACUUGCCGCAAAAAUGCAUCCAGAUAAAAACCAAGACGACCCUUCAGCCAACGAAAAGUUUCAAGAUUUAGCUUGGUGCCACGAUGUUUUAUCGGACGAAAAGAAGAGGAAAAAAUACGAUAGAGGUGGAGAAAAAGCUAUUAAUGAGGAUAAUGGAGCUGAAGAUUUUGAUGGGGGAAUGUUUGGAGGCAUGUUUGGCGGCAUGUUCGGUGGAAUGUUUGGCGGACAGCAACGAGAAGAGCAUAGAAAGGGAGAUCUAGUUGUUGUUCCUCUGAUCGUCACUCUUGAAGAGCUCUACAACGGUGCAAUCAUCGACAUGACCAGAACAAAACGCUCGUAUCGGGAAGCUCCUGGCCAGAGAGACUGUAACUGCCGCGUCGAAAUGCGACAGAAAAGAAUGGGCAUGGGCCAGUUCCAAAUCUUCCAAGAGCAAGUGUGUGACAAGUGUCCGAAUAUGAAGCUGAUUUCUGACGAUGAAGAUCUCGAAAUCGAGAUUGAACGAGGCAUGGAUCACGGUCACUCGAUCGAGUAUUUCGGAGAAGGAGAACCCAAACUCGAUGGCGAGCCUGGAGAUCUUCAAGUUAUCCUUAGAUUGGUCAAUCAUCCGCUCUUCGAGAGAAAAGGCCACGAUCUCUACACAAACUUGACGAUAUCAUUGGAAGACGCUCUUACCGGCUUCGAGACGACUAUCAAGCAUCUAGAUGGCCACAUCGUCCCGGUCAAACGAUCCGACAUCACCUGGGCUGGCUUCAAAAUGCGAAUCAAAAACGAAGGAAUGCCUGUUCUUGAAGACAACACCAAGUUCGGUUCGUUGAUCGUGACGAUCGACGUUGCCUUCCCAAAGAAGCAGCUUUCCGAAGAACAGAAAAAAGUCAUUUCCGAAAUUCUGAGCCAAAGUGACGUUCAGCCCGAUUUCUACAAUGGCAUCAAAUACCCAAAGAAACGCCUGUAA